AUGUUCGCCCCAUUAAAUCCUGAUACUCUACGGCAAGGGCUGUCAGCUGGACUUCCAACUUUGAAGGGAAUUGUUUUUGAUAUGGAUGGAACUCUUUGCGAGCCGCAGACAUGGAUGUUCAGAAAAAUGCGAGAAGCGCUUGGGAUAGGAAAGAGUGUGGACAUCCUAGAUCACAUUGAAUCUCUCUUGCCACCCAAUCGGGUGGCUGCGGAGGAGUCCAUCCGGGCUAUCGAACGUGAAGCCAUGGCGAGUACCUGCACGUCCACGCUUGCGCAAAUGAAACCUCAGCUGGGACUGGUUCCUUUGAUGAAAUAUCUGACCGAGCGAGGGAUCUGCAAAGCUAUCUGCACCCGCAACUUCGAUGUACCCGUCAACCAUCUCCUUCAAACCUUCCUUCCGGAAUUCACUUUCUCCCCAAUUAUGACACGGACUUUCAAACCAAACAAACCCCAUCCAGCUUGUAUUCUACACAUUCAGAAGCAGUGGGCCGUCCAGACGAGUGAGAUGAUGAUGAUUGGUGACAGUAUUGAAGACAUGGUUGCUGGGAGGAAUGCCGGUGCCCUGACUGUACUCUUACUGGCCCAGGAUGGUCAUAAUGCCCACUUGGCUGAUGUGGAAUAUACAGACUGUGUCGUCACUAAAUUAGACCAUCUUAUUCCUCUUCUUGAAGAAGGCAAACUGACGAAGCACAAAGACAGGACGAGGAGUAAGCUUUGA